ACUAUAGAUAUGUAAGACAUGUUUAACACAACGAGUACUCGGGCAUUUGUAAUGUUUAAAAGACGGUAUUAUACCCAGAAUUGUUAAUAAAAAAUAACAAAAAAAGUAUAUAUAUAUAUUAUAAAGCAAGUGUAAAUAAAUAAAGAAAUAAAACAAAUUUAUAAUUGCGGAUCGAUAAUGGCUGGACAGGAAGUUUACGAAAUUCUUAAUAAAAUUGCUAAAGAAGAACAGUUUAAUAAUUAUAAGAUAUCAAUAAAUCCCCUUUCCACUGAUGGUGCUAACUUUUCCAGCAAUCUUUAUGAAGCAAAAAUUUCUACAAGUGACAAAGAAUUAAACUUAUUUGUUAAAGUUGCUGCAAUUGGUGAAAAGUUGAGAACAUUAGCUCCUGUUUGUAUCUACAAAACAGAAGUUCAGUUUUACACGAAAAUAUUCAAAUUAUACAAUGAUAUAGAAACGAAACAUCAUGUGCCCGAGGAUCACAAAUUAGUCCUGCCGAAGCUAUACGGGUACAAUUUGGAAUGUUCGAACGAGAUUUUGGUGUUUGACAAUUUACUUGCCGAAGGUUUUGACAUGUACGAUAGAUUUCAGACUAUGGACUGGGACUAUGCGUCGCUUUCGCUUACUGCUCUUGCUAAAUUACAUGGUCUUUCGAUGGCAUACGCAAUUGAGUAUCCAGAUGAAUUCAAAAAAGACGGAGAGAUUAUGAAAAUACAAGAAAACAUAGAUGGUUUAAAGGAAUAUUUAGAGAGUGCAAUAACUAAAGUGCUUCAGGUUACGAAGGCAGAAAAUAAAGAACGAUUGAAAACAUUUCUAGAUGGAGUGACGAGCGUUGAAUACUUUAUGGGUGUCCUGAAACCAAUGAGAAGCUGUGUUUUAACUCAUGCUGAUUAUCGUCCCAGCAACCUGCUCCAUAAAGUUCAAGAUGGAAAAACUACUAAAGUGAUACCCAUAGACUUCCAAACAAUUCGUCACGGAAACCUUGUUAGCGAUCUGGUGUACUUCAUCUUCACUGGGACAGACAAAGAAUUCCGGAAUACCAACUACCAACGAUGUUUAGAUCAUUACUAUUCCGAGCUGAGCACUACUUUAACCAUGCUCCAUCUGGACCCCAAUCAGAUCUAUUCUAGGAAGGAUUUCGAAUAUGAACUUGAGCAGGCAUCAUCAUAUGGCCUACUAUCAGCAAUAUUGUGUCUGCUCAUAAUAACAGUGGACCCUAAAGAUGCCCCAAAGGUAGAUGAUAAAUUGGAACAAAAGGAUUUUGCCGUUAUCCCCAAUGAACGGUACUCUGAGAGAAUUAACGGUGUUAUUGAAGAUUUUAUUAAAUUAGGCGUAAUUUGAAUAAAAAAGUGAAUAGUGAUAUAUCGGCUUGUAUCAAUUUAAGAAUGAAUUAAUUCCGCUCAUCUACUCGCACGACGAAUAAAACUCAUUCAUCCAAACGAGUCAAUUGAUUGAUCACGAAAUUUUGCAAUAUUAUCAUUUAUAUAACUCACUUUCUAGUUAACAUAUUUAUAGUUUGUAACGAUUGUUAGUUAGAAAUAGUUAUUAAGUAUAAAGUAUACUCUGUUUACCUGUUAAAAGGUUUACAAUCAGUUAUUAUUGUGAUUUUUGUGUUUUUAGAUGUAAGCUUUUAUUGUUAGCCUGUCGGCAAACCUUUUUUUAAAU